AACACACUUUUCCGACAUUUUUGGAUCGGACUUGUUGGAAGAAGGUCGACAGACGACAACAUGAUGUUCCUUGCAGUUUUGGCGGCCUCCUCUGUAGCCAUUGUAACGGCGGCACCUGCCACCGGCACGUGCAUGUGCGUGACUUCCAGCGCCGUUAGCGUCAGGGACAAAGCGGGCCUGUCAGGCCAUGUGGUAGCCACCGUGGGUCAAGGUGAAUGCUACAUUUUCAAUGGGGGUGUACUCACGGUGGAUGGACACAUUUGGUACGAACUGCAGAACGUCCAUGGACACGCUCGCGUGUGGGUUGCCUCCGAAUUCCUUACAGCGUCCGCCGCAAGUUCAUGCAGUGCGGGAAGCGGGGGCGGGGGCUCGACCGGUAGUCACACUUUCGCCACUGGACUUGUCUCCCAGCAGUGCCUGGAGUGCAUCUGUCAGCAAGAAUCUGGCUGCCGACCCAUCGGUUGCCACUUUGACGUGAAUUCCGAUUCCUGCGGCUACUUCCAAAUCAAAAAUGAUUAUUGGACGGAUUGCGGAAGACCCGGUGCAAGUUGGAAAGCUUGUGCAGAUGACCUCCACUGCGCCUCCCAGUGUGUACAGAACUACAUGAAGCGCUACGCCUCAACGUACGGCUGCGCGGCCACAUGCGAGUCGUACGCCCGGGAGCAUAACGGAGGACCCCGGGGCUGUCACUCCUCGUCUACCCUCGGCUACUGGCAUGAGGUCCAGAGGCAUACCGGAUGCUCCGGUGUCCAUUAACAUUGGCUUUUUGCUUGUAAUAAAAUUAAAAAAUGUCAAAAGAA